AUGCGGCCGAUUUUUUCUGUUGAAUAUUACCAGCAAGUAGGGCACGACGAGCAUUAUCUGCAUGCAUCUCAAACUCUGACCGUCAUGCCCCUCAUGCGAUACUACCCUGAGCACAGACUCUUCGGCGGCACAGCACGUCACGACAAAGCCGUGGACUCUCUUCUCGAAGCAACCCUAUUCAUUCACUCCGAGAAAUGGUGGUUGCCAACAAAGCCAAUCGGGUGCGUCUGGCUCCGUUCCCUGGAGCCAAGAGAUGAGAAAGAUAAGGCUACCAUGAUGGGGAAAGUGCAGAGGCACAAGGCAUAA